AUGCCCCCAAAUGCUAGUUCCGGUACGGCUGACACGAGCGACAAGCCAAAGAAGGUACCAUCACAAGCAAAUGAAGUACACUGUGCCAGUUCAGUCCAGCUCAACCUUCCGGUGAAAAAGGUAACAGUUACAUUUCUAAGAUUAGUAUAAUAUUUUUAGGUGGUUGUUCACCCACUUGUAUUAUUGAGUGUUGUCGACCAUUUUAAUCGUGUUAGCAAGACCCAGAGUGUUAAGAGAGUUGUCGGUGUUCUUCUGGGAUCUAUGAAACCUGACAAAACUCUCGAUGUAGCCAACAGCUUUGCAGGUACGAGUAAAAAAACCCCAUGUUUUAUUUUUAGUGCCUUUUGAUGAGGACGAGAAGGAUAAAGACACUUGGUUUUUGGACAAAGAUUACCUGGAAAAUAUGUACGGCAUGUUCUUCAAAGUGGCUGCCAAAGAGAAGGUUGUGGGUUGGUAUCAUACUGGACCAAAGCUUUGCAAGGUAUAAUUGUUGAGCAAAUUUUCAUUUGUUUAGAAUGAUGUUCACAUAAAUGGAUUGCUGAAACAAUUCACUCCGAAUCCUGUCUUGGUUGUUAUUCAAGCCGUUCCAAAAGAUCUGGGUCUUCCAACUGAAGCUUAUAUUGAGGUUCAAGAAGUUCACGAUGAUGGAACUCCUCCAAUCAAAACUUUUGAGCACAUUCCCAGUGAGAUUGGUGCUGAAGAGGCUGAAGAAGUUGGUGUAGAGCAUCUUUUGAGGCAUGUUUUGUCAAGGAAUAAUAGGAUUAUGUUUAACGUUUCAGAGAUAUCAAGGAUCAAACUGCCGGAACCUUGUCCCAGCGUGUAACAGAUCAAUUGAUGGGUCUCAGAGGUCUGAGCCAGCAAUUGGCUGAGAUUCAGAGAUACCUGAAGGAUGUAACAAAAGGAGAACUCCCAGUCAAUCAUUCUGUCAUUUAUUACAUUCAGGAAAUGCUGAAUCUCCUUCCUGACGUUACAAAACCAGAUUUUGUGGAUUCUCACAACGUCCAGACCAAUGAUGAGUUGAUGUGUGUUUAUCUUGGAUCUUUAGUUCGAACUGUCAUCGCUCUGCACAACCUUAUUGAUAACAAACUGGCCCUCCAGAAUGCAACUAGUAACGUGUGA